CAAUCGGUAGUCCCUUCUUCGCAUUUGUAUUCAUUGACUUCAAAUACCACCGUAAAAAUCUCUGAAGUGUAAUGAUUCGUGAGCAACGAAGAUAUAUAACUUCGAGAAUAUAGUUCAAAUUCCACGGUGGGACGACAAGCGUUAACAUCAGACAUCAGGCAUAGCUUCUAGAUAGCCGAUUCGUUAAGUACUACAAUGACGGCGUCGGCAUCGAUCUCUCCACCAAUUUCGUCUAUAUCAUCUCGUGACAGACGAUCCUUUCAAAUAUUUGGCGGAAAUCAUUUUUCUUUCAGUAGGGRCAAUAUGGUGGAUUUGUGUGUUUCUGCUUGCACUACAUUUKUGGAGACUAUCGUCUACUUGUUGGGGCCACUAUUGAUAUGCUUUGCGGCCACGAUUAUCAUUGGUCUGUCGUGGGUUUUUUUCACUAUUUAUAUACCCAUGAUGAAAUUUGCUCUAGACAAACAAGAAGCCUCUCCACUGCGACGGUAUGUUGAGAUUGGUUUUAACGUGGGCUUUGUAUGUUUCGUCUUGAUAGAAAUAAUCUUCAAUUACUACAUGUGCGUGACAACCAGGAACUCGGGACCAUCUAGUUCCUACAAUGCAGUUGCUCGUGAAUUGGCUGAAUCGACCAAUUUCGAAUACCCUGACACGCCGGAAGAAGUUGCACAAUAUCGACGACACUUCAACGACAAGAUGAUGGUGAGGGUCAGACGUCGGGAAGCAAGGGAUGCGGAGCAAAGACAUCGAAUGCGGAGUCAUUCUCGUUGUUGCGACGCUAAUGGCAAGUGUUCCGGCAACAAGAUUCCAGCCGUUUCCCAUAAUACUGCGACCGGGAAGACAGCAUCGACUGGCCACGUCGCCGAUGUGGAGUUGGAUCAGGUCCCGAGCAAUAGCAACGCGGAUGUAACGCUUCGAAAAAAGGCCAGGCAAAACCAACCAAAGAAAGAUUCGAAACAACCGGGGGGACAUGAUGGUAAUGCAAAUAAUACACAUACCAGGAGCUGGAUGUUUAUGGCUCCCGACGAGUGGGGUUUUUGUACGAAAUCGAAUCAACCCAAACCACCUCGGUCUCAUUAUGAUCACGUCAGCAAAUCCCUAGUUAUGUGUUUAGAUCAUUACUGCCCCUGGAUGUUCAAUGCAAGUAAGUGUCAUAUAUGUUUGCAAUCAAAAGUGGUAAGAGAUAGAAUAUACACUAAAAAUCCCUGCUUUCUCUUUCUUGUUCAACCAUAAAAGUUGGUUAUUUCAACUAUCGAUAUUUUUUAAAUUUCCUUAUUUAUGUUUGUGUUGCUAUGUUAUACGGGGCAUUCAUAAGUUAUCGCCCCUUUAUCAAUUCGACGGGUUCCGUGUACAGAGAUCAGUUAUUACGGUAUCGAAAAACCGGUGUUUGGAUGUACAUACAUCCGUAUACGCCAAUGCCUUCCGAGCGGGGGCCUCUGACCCUCGGAUUUAUGCUGUGCUUGGCCGUGGGAAUUGCGGUGGCAUGCUUGGGAAGCUUUCACGUAUAYUUAACGCUUUCUGGACAGACGACAAUUGAGUUUCACGGAAACUUCAUCAACAGGGCGAAAGCAAAACGAAGGGGGGAGAAAUAUCGCAAUCCCUACGACAUGGGUUGGAAACGCAAUUGGCAACAAAUCUAUGGAGACUAUGGAAACACUUUGUCGAUGGUCAUGGCCAUGGUUAUUCCUUCAAGAAGAGAACCUCACUUUUUGCCCCUUCCACUUGGAGGAGAGGCAGGGAAACGGAAGCAUUUGCGUGCUCGAGAUCAAGACGACGGGGAUGAAAUGACGAAGCCUAUUUUAGGAUCAACGUCUAAUUUGUCUGAUGCUGGGAAUAUAGUGUAGUGUAGCGCAUUCGAGCGCAGCGACGGUCAAAGAUAUUUGAGUUUGUCUAUUUAAAUACGAAAUGGAGUAGAUCAUAGCAUCAACAUGUGAACAGUAACAUUUCUCUAUCUAUCUAUCUUGACGGACUUCGCAAUUAAACAUCUCGGGAGACGUCCUGGAUUUCGGUUUGACCAGAAAGUUUGGUGACCAUAAUUGUCGCAUCACUCCAAUGUACAACUUAUACUAUGAUGACGAUUCGUAGAAGGAUUGGCAACAUGUUCAAUGCCAUUGCCGCCCUUCAGUUAGCAUCGCUUCUCAGUAUUCUGCUAGCAUAGCUGACAGUCACGACGUAUGCAAAUCAUGUCAGAUAGGAACUCGGACAGAAUGCUCGAGUAUGAUACUGCAAUCAGAGAUGAUUUGAGUAACAACACUCCUCCCCUUCUUCUAUUUCAAACUCAUCAAAUACUAUCCAAGAAUUGGUCAGAGCAGUGGAAGUCGCUUUUGCACUUGUACAUU